AUGUCGCUUCUCGUGGGUCAGCAUUUGUCGUGGGCCAUCACGGCCACGGCAGGUAGUGGCUUCUUGCUUUUUGGGUAUGACCAGGGUGUUAUGGCUGGUCUUCUGACCGGUGAGGCGUUUGUUCGGACGUUCCCUGAAAUCGACACCACACCUACAGGCCAUGGUAGCUCAUCGCUACAGGGCACAGUGGUUGCCAUCUAUGAAAUCGGCUGCUUCUUGGGUGCUCUGCUGGCCCUCUUUUUCGGCGAGAGACUAGGACGACGAUAUUGCAUUAUGAUAGGAUGUGUUAUUCUCGCCAUCGGGGCUGCGUUGCAGUGCAGUGCCUUCAGCAUCCCACAUAUGAUUGUUGGGCGGAUCGUGGCUGGUGUUGGGAACGGCAUGAACACGAGCACCAUCCCGGUCUGGCAUUCGGAGCUCAGCAAAGCCGCCAGUCGAGGAAAAGGGAUUGCAAUCGAACUGUGCAUCAACAUUUUCGGCGUCAUGACGGCGUAUUGGGUUGAUUACGGCAUGAGCUACGUGUUCAACGAUGCCCAGUUUCGUUUCCCCAUCGCCCUCCAGAUCCUCUUCGCCAUUACCACGUUCGUCGGUGUCCUCUUCCUCCCCGAGUCUCCUCGAUGGUUGAUCGCACACGGUAAACCCGAUGAAGGCCGACACAUCAUCUGGUCCUUGCAGCCCAACGCCCGAUCCAUCGCCUACGAUGACGCUGUCAUCAACAUCGAAAUCGACGAGAUCUCGCGGACCAUUGCUGAGGAACAACAGGCGACAUCGGAAAGCUCGUUCAAAAUGGUCUUCACUAAUGGACCGCAGCGGUUCUUCCAUCGGACGAUGUUGGGCAUGGGCGGACAGAUGAUGCAGCAGUUGUCGGGUAUUAAUCUGAUUACUUAUUAUAAUACUGUUAUCUUCGAAAGCUCAGUCGGAAUGGACCACAACACAGCCUUGUUGGUGGCUGGGUUCAAUGGCGUGGCAUACUUUGUUUCAACCUUGAUUCCGAUUUGGACAAUUGAUCGCGUCGGUCGUCGCAAGCUGAUGCUCUUCGCUGCCGCCGGCCAAUGUGCCUGUAUGGCCAUCCUGGCCGGCACAGUGUACGAUGGUGGCCGUUCUGCUGGUAUUGUGGCCACGGUAAUGCUGUUCCUGUUUAACUUCUUCUUCGGUAUUGGUCUAUUGGGAGUCGCUUGGCUGUUGCCUGCUGAAUAUGCACCGCUGGCUGUCCGUACGCGCUCCGCUGCGUUGGCGACGGCGACAAACUGGAUCUUCACCUUCCUUGUCGUCGAAAUUACCCCCGUUAGUAUCGCGGAAGUCGGUUACCGGACAUAUAUUUACUUUGCCAUCUUCAAUUUCUGCUUUCUCCCGAUCAUUUAUUUCUUCUAUCCCGAGCCGCGCAACCUCACCCUGGAACAGGUCGACCGGCUAUUCACCGGCCCGAAAGUACAGUUGCACUGGGAUGCAUCGAUGGGCCAAGCAGGCGAUGUCGGGGGAAGAACGGAGAAGGACGAGGAGGUCCAGCACGUGGAAUAG